UAAAAGAGCCAGAAUCGUACUUGUAAUUUACCUUUGAGUCAAAACGAGAUACAAAAGCCCAAGGAUUUUUCUCAAACAGCUGGGAGACAUGGAUGAACAAGAAUUUCGGCGCCUUCUCGAUCUCUUCCCUGUUGUUCGAUCUCGUGAUUAUCAUGCUGAGUCAGCUUCAUCGAGACAAGCAGCUUCUUGUUCAGCAUCAAAUGAGGUGAUUAAGGACUGGCAAGAUGCAUGGCAUGAUGGUGAAAGAAAAGAAACAGAGAAUCAAGGAACUGAUCUGCAUGGUAAAUUCUGGCAGAAGCUGAAGUUGACAGCUGAGAAGAAGGUUGGUGCAGCAGAGGCAGAAAAAUUUUGCAAGGCUUUUCAACACGUUCACAUGAAACUUGUGUAUGAGGGGCUGAGUUUUGAAGCUGCUCAGAAGAUCCUCAACUCAUGAAACUGCUGAAAAGCUCCAUGGCGAGUACAUGUUUUAUAUUGUUAGGGUAUUUCUGUCUGUUGGAAUCUUAUUAACGAGGUUGAAGAAUCUGUUUUGGCAGAAGUUUGUCAUCAAAACCAUUCUUGUUGUUCAUUGUUAAAUGAGUUUCGUCCUAGUUUACAGCCAUUCUCAAUGUAACCUACUUUCAAAAGAUUAAGCAAGUUGAAGUAUAGACUUUUGAUUUCAAA